AUGAAUAGUUCAAUUACGGAGGUAAACAUGAGCGUCCCGAGCCGUGCGACUAACUCAAACAAUACGAUUUUAUCUGAGGAACGGACAUGUCACAGAAGUCAAAUGACAUCAUCAGAUGCUGUUGGACGUUCAAUGGCACUUUUACCCAUAAAUCAUAAUCAUGCUCUACAUCAUGGAAUAAAAUUAAUGCCUCACAUAAAUAUGCCUCACAGAGAAGUAGGAGCAACAACACCUUUGGUUAAUAACUCCGGCACAGCUAGUACGUGCUCGAUGUCCCUACCAGGUUCGAUGUCAUCGGCAUCGGACACUGUUUGUAAUAUUCUUCCACAUAACACUUCAGAUGGCAGCUCAAUAGACCUCGCUAGUCUUUUCGAAUGCCCGGUUUGCAUGGAUUAUGCUCUACCACCAAUUAUGCAAUGUCAAAGUGGACAUAUCGUCUGCGCAUCGUGCCGGUCAAAACUCUCAUCAUGCCCAACUUGUAGAGGCAACUUAGAUAAUAUCCGGAACCUCGCAAUGGAAAAACUUGCUUCCAGUGUAUUAUUUCCUUGCAAGUACUCCACUAGUGGUUGCCCAGAAACUUUUCAUUAUACAUCCAAAUCAGAACAUGAAGCAGCUUGCGAAUAUAGGCCCUAUGAUUGUCCGUGUCCUGGUGCUUCAUGUAAGUGGCUUGGUGAAUUGGAACAAGUUAUGCCCCAUCUCGUGCAUCACCAUAAAAGCAUUACAACUUUACAAGGCGAAGAUAUUGUAUUUUUGGCUACUGACAUAAGUCUUCCAGGUGCUGUAGACUGGGUUAUGAUGCAAUCUUGUUUUGGACAUAGUUUUAUGCUGGUUCUAGAAAAACAGGAACGUGUACCAGAUCAGAUAUUUUUCGCUCUUGUCCAACUCAUCGGAACUCGGAAACAGGCGGAUCAGUUUGUGUACAGACUUGAGUUAAACGGGCAUCGUCGACGAUUAACUUGGGAAGCUUGUCCACGUAGUAUUCAUGAUGGUGUUCAAUCUGCAAUCGCUGUGUCUGACUGUUUAGUGUUCGAUUCUAAUACUGCUCAUUCAUUUGCUGAAAAUGGUAACCUAGGAAUUAAUGUGACUAUUUCCCAAGUUUCUCCGUCUAUUUCAUAA